AUGUUGAUCGCCGCUGUAGUAUCUUUGUUGAUCGUCGGAUCUUAUGCUCAAUCCGAUUCAAGAGGAUCGUGUGUCAAUUACCUUCCAGUCAAUUACGAUUUUUAUCAAGGUGCUGGAGCAUGGUGGGAGUACGCAGCUACCUACGAUCCUUACGGCGGUAGGCUAAGGUGCAUAAUCGAAAAUUGGCUUGCACCGGAAGGUAAUAACACUAGAGUGGUGACUACCGGAAUUUCUAAAAAAACCGGCAACGAAAUGGUAAUUGAAGGCGAUUACAGUAAAAACAGGUACACUAGGAAGCUACACGUUGUUAGCGCCGUGCCACUCGUUGGACUACAGACUAUUGACUUUUAUGAUAUGGAAGAUAUCUAUAACGAUUACAUAAUAACCACAUACUGUAUGAACCAGGGUUCGAGAAGUGUGCCAGUUGUCCUUAUUCUGACUCGCUCACCGAAUCCAAGAACAAAUGUGAUUGCAAGAGCCCAACAAGUUGCCAGAAAUCACGGUCUAUCAGUAGGCAAUUUUAUUCGCUUUGAUACCAAUUGUUAA